CGGCGGUGCUGUAAAGCGCGGGGUGUUGACAGCGACCGGCGGAGCAGGAACCCGGCCCGGCGGGACGCGGAGCCAUGAGCCGAGCCGGGAGGGUCCCGGGCCGGGGCGCCGCCGCGGCCAGGCAGAUGGGGCUGCUGGCGGAUCCCGGCGCCGGGGGGAGCCCGGGGGAUGCCGGCGGUGACGGGGACGCGGCGCUGGAGGCGGAGCUGCUGCUGCUGCUGGGGGGCCGGGAGGCGCCGGAGCGGGGGGCACCACCCCAACCCCCCCCGCGAGAUCUGGCAGCAGUGGAGGCCCUGGCCCGGCUCUGCCUGCGGGACCCCCCGGAGGAAGAGGAGGAGGAAGGGGAGGAAGAUCUGGAGAACGAGGAGGAGCUGCUGGCAGAGCUGCAGGAGGUGCUGGAGGAGGGGUCCGGGAGCGCAGCGGAUGCAGAGACCCCGCAGGAUCCCGCACCCGCGGGGGCGCUGCUGGCCGAGCUGGAGGAGCGGGCGGAGCUCUACCGGGCCGCGCUGGGCAGCAACGGGAGCAGCAACGGGAGCAGCAACGGGAGCAGCGGGGCCCGGCUCCGGCGCCUCCAGCGCGGCCUCAAGACCCUGGAGCAGAUGCUGGAGUCCGUGCGGAGCGGGAAGCCGAUCGACCAGGCCGAGAUUCCUCCUCCUGUGGCUCUGGGGAAGGCUGGUGGGACCCCUGGGCCGCCUCCCCCCGUGAGCCCUGAGCCCCCAGCGCAGCCCCCUGCCCCUCCGCAGCCUCCCCCAGCCCCGAUCCCUGCCCGGAUCCCUGCCCGGAUCCCGGCUCGGUGCCGGCGCUCCGGCUGCGCCUCCAGGAGCUGCAGAAGGAAGCUCUGGCGGCCAAACGCCGUGGGGACAAUGCCGUGGCCCUGGAGCACUUCAGGGCGGCCAAGAGGCUGGAGGCGCAGCUGGAGGCGCUGGGGCAAGCCGGGCUCCGCCAGCCCCGGAUCCACAGCCAGAGGAGCCGAGGGAUCCGCCAGCGAGGGAUCCGCCAGCGAGGGAUCCACCGGCCACCAGCCCAGAGCCCCCCCGGGCGCCGCGGGACGUGCGGAGGCGCUGGAGCAGCGCAUGGAGCGGUACCGGGCGGCCGCGGGCCAGGCCAAGGACAGCGGGGACGCCAGGAAGGCUCGGAUGCACGAGAGGAUCGUCAAGCAAUACCAGGCCGCCCUCCGUGCCCACAGCGCCGGCAAAGCCGUGGAUCUCUCGGAGCUGCCGGUUCCCCCGGGCUUCCCCCCCAUCCAGGGCACGGAGAACCCAGCAGAGCCCAGCAUCUCUGGGAUGCUGGAGGCGGCCUUGAGGCUGACGGGGCCGGAGCAGGAGGAAGAGGAGGAGGAAGAAAAGCAAAAGGAGGACACCAAGGUCCAGCCCAGCGCUCCCCCCGCGCCCCCUCCCAAACAACCCAGCCCGGAUUCCCAACCGGCUCCCAAACCCGCUGGGAAAGCCCAGCAGCAGCUGGAGUUCCUGGAGCUGCGGCGCCGGCAGCUGGCGCAGGCCGCGCUGCGCGCCAAGCGCCGCAACGACCUGGAGGGAGCCAAGCUGCUGCUGCGGCGCGCCAAGGGCGUCGAGGGGCUCAUCGGGGCCGCCCGCGGGGGGCUCCCCGUGGACAUCGCCCAGGUCCCGGAGGUGCCGCUGGACGGGGCUGAGUUCGAGCUGGGCCCGGCCCGGGGGGUCCCGAUGGCCCCCGAGGUUGCCAAGACCUUCCUGCAGCUGGCCGGGGCUCUGAGGAGGCAGCACCAGAUGUGCCUCACCUAUUCCCGACAAUUCGCUCACCUGGGGAACAUCUCGGAGACCACCAGGUGUGAGGCGCUGGCCGAGGAAUGCCCGGCAGCACAUGGAGACCCUGAGGAGGGAGCACAGCCGGGGGGGCCCCCCCCGAAACCCCGCUACGAGCAGAGAACCUUCAGUGUCGUCAAGAUGUUCCCAGAGCUGAGCAGCAGCGACCUGGAGCUGGGGAUAGAGAGAGGGAUCGGCCUCCCAGUGCCCCCAGGUGUGGCCCCAGGUGACCUGGACACCUUCGUGCGCUUCGAGUUCCCCCACCCCAGCGCGGAGGAGGCCCAGCGGGACAAGACCAACGUGGUGAAGAGCACGGAUUGUCCCGAAUUCCGGGCGCGGUUCCGGCUGCGGCUGCUCCGGGGGCACCGGGGGCUGCGGAGGCUCCUGAGCUCCCGCGGGAUCAGGCUGGAGGUGACCCAGAAAGGGGGGCUGUUCCGGCCGGAGCGGGCUCUGGGCUCGGCGCGGCUGCGCCUCGAGGGGCUGGAGGGGAGCUGCGAGCUCCGGGAGCAGCUGGAGCUGCUGGACGGGCGGCGCCGCACGGGCGGGCGGCUGGAGGUCUGGGUGCGGAUCCGGGAGCCCCUGGGGGCGCAGCGGCAGCUGGAGCCGCGCUCCGAGCGCUGGCUGGUGCUGGAACCGGCGGCUGAGGCCACGGUCGCCGUUCCCAAACCGAGCGCGGCGGCCCCGAAGGACGGGAGCAGCAGAUCGCUCCCGACGCUGCCGAGCCUCAACCUGCUGCUGUUCGACCGGGAGCGCCUGGAACGGAAGAUGGUGCCGUUGGGCCGCGCCGGGCGCCCGGUGCCCCCCGAGCUGCGGCAGCAGCACCAGGAUCUGCUCCGGCGCAUCCAGGGGCUGCGGGCGCGGCUGCAGGGGGGGGGACUUUCCUGCCUUGCAGAGUACGCGGAGCACCUGGAGCGGCACCUGCGGCUCUACACGGAAGCCGCGCGGCGCCUCGGGACCCAGGGAGAGCGGGAGGCAGCCAAGAGGCUCUGUACAAACGGAACCUGGUGGAGAGCGAGCUCCGAAAGCUCCGUGGAUGAGCCCCCCCCGGCUUUGCCCCCCCCCCCCUCCCCAACCACUCCAAGUGGGGUUUUGGGGAGGUUCAGAGACCCCCCACCCCAUUCUGGGGGGGCUCUGGGGACAUCCCCCCCCCCCCCAGUGCCCACUGUGACAAUCACAGGGAUCAGAGCUGCUACUUCCCCCCCCCUCGGGGUGACAAUGACCCCCCCGCAAUGACAGGGUGACACUGACCCCCCCCCAAAUUCAGGGUGAUAAUGAACCCCCCAAUUUUAGGGUGACACUGACCCCUUCCCAAUUUCAGGGUGACACUGACCCCCCCAAUUUUCGGGUG